UUCUAUGAAAAAGAAAUACAUACUAGUCCACUUCAAAAUGUUCACACACAUCCAAAGAACAAGUUGAGAAACCUGUGUCUCCCCAUCUAUAUCAUAUAAUACCAUAUAUUUCUACUGUUAUAUCUAUAUCCUUAACCACCCCCAUAUCAUAUGCAAAGUAUACAACAAGAUACUAUUCCCUUUCUUCCUCAACUAUUAAUUCCAACUUCAGUUCUAAGAUCUCCAAUUGAUCAAUUCUGUGAAGCAUAGUGGAACUUAAUUUUACAAGUUAUGUCUAGUUCACAAGAUUUUUCGCUUAGCCGGAGGUCCGGUAGGACGCCGGAGAUAUCCAAUUUUGCUCAGACUUGCAACCUCUUGAGUCAGUUCAUGAAGGAGAGAGGAGGUUUCAGAGAUAUAAGCAUGGAAAUUGCCGGGAAACUAGAACCCAAAGGGAUUGCAGAAAUGUCUGGCUUGAGGACAACAAUGAACUUGUUACCAAACAUGGAGAAAUCGGGUGAGAUAUGGACACAACACGUGAAGUCCAUGGACUUCUUUCCUCAGUAUGCCGAGGCAGCUUCCUCCAAUACCAUAAAAGAUGCCUCCAGCUCCAGCAAAUCUGCAGAGAUGGAGGGUAAAACUGCCCAAAUGACUAUAUUUUAUGGGGGACAAGUGUUAGUGUUUGAUGAUUUUCCAUCUGAAAAGGCAAAGGAGGUGAUGUUAUUAGCUAGCAAUGGAAGCUCUGCUAAUUCUACACCCUUUGUUUCAACCUCUUCUGUUGCUUCUGGUUCAAAUGCUUUUCCUAAUUCCGGAUCUAACCCUGCCCAACAAUGCCUCAAACCACAACCUCAACCUAUUACUUCAGAUCUGCCAAUUGCAAGAAGAGCAUCACUACACCGGUUCUUCGAGAAAAGAAAAGAUAGGGCAACUGCCAGAGCACCAUAUCCAUUGCACAACCCGGCGACAACUGCAUCUCCCAAACAAGAGGAACAGCUUGAGCUCAGACUAUAGUCAUAUUAUUAUUUUAUUUUUAGGAUCAACUCACUAUUUUCCUAAAUUGUUACCCUAUUUUUGGUUCUUGUUAGUCCACCAGAUUAAAAUGUCUAACUGUUCCUCUACAGAUAUUGUUACAUUUUCUAUAUCAGUUUUGUAAAUUAUGGCUGUCAAGUCAGUAAAUUCUGAAGGCUUUUUGCUA